CAUAACUGGAGGUGGGAUCCACACAGCUCAGAACAGCUGGAUCUUGCUCAGUCUCUGUCGGGGAAGAUUCCUCGAAGAGACUACUGAGAGCCAGUGAGACUGAAAGAAUGGGCAUCUUCAUGUACUGCUAGUUCGAGUGUGAAUUGGUACAACUUGCAUGCAGUGUGGCUCUAGGACAAGCGGACUUUUCCUUGCUGUGGGAGUGAGGGCAGAGGGAGCUGGAGGGAGUUAAGUGUCUGUAAACAGCAGAUGAUGGGGACUCGAUGAUAGAGAAACAAUCUGGGUUAGGUUGGUCUUGGCAUUUGCUGCCACCUCAGAGGGAUCUGCAGAGCCCCGACUACUCAAGCCUCCCUCUGUCCACAGGUGCCUCACAGUCAAUCCCACAAUUUGUUUUCUCCUCCUCAAGGACGCAGCAACACCAUCCAGGCAGGACAAUGGCUGAACAGUUCCAUGGUAAGCCUCUCAGUGACCUGGCCGCUGAAAAGAAAUGCUUCACUGAAGAAGUCACCGAAUACUUCCAGAAGAAUGUUAGCCCAGAGCAUCUGAAAAUCCUGCUGACUGACGAGGAGGCCUGGAAGAGAUUCGUAGCUGUGGCUGAAUUGCCCAGGGACGAGGCAGAUGCUCUCUAUGAAGCUCUGAAGAAUCUUACACCAUAUGCAGCUAUUGAGGACAAAGACGUGCAGCAAAAAGACCAGCAGCUUAGGGAGUGGUUUUUGAAACAGUUUCCUCAACUCAGCCAGAAGAUUCAGGAGUCCAUAGAAAGCAUUCGUGUCAUUGCAAAUGAGAUUGAAGAGUUCCACAGAGGUUGCACUAUUGCCAAUGUGGUGUCCGGCUCCACUGGCACUGCCUCUGGCGUCUUGUCUGUCAUUGGCUUUUUGCUGGCACCAUUUACAGCAGGGCUGAGCCUGGGCGUCACUGCAGUUGGGGUAGGGCUGGGAAUGGCGUCUGCUACGACUGCGAUCGGCACCAGCAUCGCGGAGAACACAUACACGAAGUCGGCAGAACUCCGAGCCAGCAGGCUGACUGCGACCAGCCGUGACCUGUUGGAGGUAUUAGGGGACACUUUGAGCGAAAUCACGCCCAGCGUGCUUUCUUUUGCGCUUGAUUUUGACGAAGUCACAAAAUUGAUUGCGAAUGAUGUCCGUACACUCAGGAGAUCUAAAGCCACUGUUGGACGCCCUUUCAACAUUAGGCGAUUCGUACCUACAAAUGUUAUUGAUAAGCUGAAAACACCUGGAGCCGCCAAACGGAUGGUGAGAAAAGCAGUCCCGAAGGUCGCUUCAGGAGCCCUCCUUGUGCUGGAUGUGGUCCAGCUUGUGCAAGACUCACAGCACUUGCAUGAGGGGGCAAAAUCCGAGUCUGCUGAGGAGCUGAGGCAGUGGGCUGAGGAACUGCAGAAGAAUCUAAACGAACUCACCCAGAUCUAUCAGAGUCUAAAGGCAGGCUGGGCCCAGUGACCCCAGAGCAGUGCAGCCACCAGGGAAGGUGAGCCAGACACAAGCCGGGACAAAAUGCAGACGUUUCUUAGGGGUAUAAAGAGGACGAGGUAAAGUUUAUGGAACUGAGGGUUAGGAACUUUGGCGUCUGUAGUUGAGCACAGCAGAGGAGGGGUUACUCAAGAUGGCAAGUUCGUCAAGGAGAAGGCAGAAACGCUGGGGCCUGGAUUAAGGGAGGAGAGGGGACUGGAGACUGUGGGGAAUGGGAAGAAGCAGUUUACUCUAGACUAAAGAAUAUAUUGGGGGAGGAAGAGAGGGAGGCGCACAGGAACCAGCAAUGAGAAGACCAGGAAAAGAAAGAGCUGAAAAUGGAGAAAGCCAGAGUUAGAAUAGUUGGAUACAGGAGAAGAAAUAGCAGCUCCACUACAGACCCACCCUCCAGUUUGAUGUCCUUCCAAGAAAGCAGUCUUUCCCUGGUGAUGGUCUCUCGCCCUGUCUUUCCAGCAUCCACUCUCCCUUGUCCUCCCGGGAGUGUAUCUGAGUCAGCCAGUGGCUUCUUGAUGAUGGUGGUGGUGGUUGUAGUGUGAUGGGUUUCCUUUAGGUUAUUGAAGGGUGUAUGUCCCCUGCUUGAACUCUGAAGGCCAGGUAAUGAGCCAUGGCCAUGGUGCCCAACUGAGGACCAGGUGUCUCUAAGAAUCCAAAUAUCCUGGAGAGUGUCUGAGAACCAACCAAGUAAAAGUCUCAUUGCUCAUAUACAGUAGACAAAGAGCCAGAAAAUUAGCUGAAAAGCAGUUUAGAGAUUGGGGGAGGCCGGAUCUCUCGAGCUGUCCUGCUGAGUGCCCUGUGUGUAAGUCCUAAUAAACUUAGCUACUCGCCACGCU